AUGGAUCACGUAGGGCACCUCCAGCAACACACGCACGCGCAGGAGCCCAUCACCUUCGGCAUCGAGCACAUCCUGAGCACCGGCGAGCACAUGCUGGGCACGAGGAUGCACGAGCCGGAUUACGGUCACCUGUACACGUACGGCGGCGACGCCGCCGCCGCCGCCGCCGCCGCCGGCGGCUUUCCGUGCGCGAGCGCUCACGGCAGCGCUUACCACGUGGGCACGGGCGUAGGCGUGAACGGGACCAACGUCAACCCCGCAGGGGUCAUACGCGUGCCCGCGCACAGACCCGUGAGCGGCGGGAGUUUGCCGCCUGUGACCGGAAGCGUCAACAACCUGAGCGCCCUCACCUUCCCGUGGAUGGAAACCAACAGAAGAUACACCAAAGACACCUUCACAGUGUGUGUGUCUCCUCGCACGGUACCGCGUCGUGUGGGGCAUCCUUACCAAAACCGGACUCCGGCCAAGAAGAAGAAGCCCCGGACGUCGUUCAGCCGGCUGCAGAUCUGCGAGCUGGAGAAACGUUUCCACCGGCAGAAGUAUUUGUCCUCCGCAGAGAGGACCGUCCUCGCCAAAGCCCUGAAGAUGAGCGACGCUCAGGUGAAGACCUGGUUCCAAAACAGACGCACCAAAUGGAGGAGGCAGACAGCGGAGGAGAGAGAGGCAGAGAGGCAGCAGGCCAAUCGCAUCCUCAUGCAGCUUCAGCAGGAAGCUUUCCAGAAGUCCAUCAAACAGCCGCUGACACCGGACCCGCUGUGCCUGCAGAACACUUCCCUGUUCGCCCUGCAGAACCUGCAGCCUUGGAGCGAAACCCCCAGCAAGAUGAGCAGCGUGUCGGCCUGCGAGUAGCAACGCAACGCGGCCUGCUUGUGCUUGUGCAGGUCCACUGGCUCGGAAGCGGGGCCCUUCCGGUAUCUUCUUGUUUUGGUUGCGUGUUGGACUUGUACAAAGUGAAUGGCUCAUUCCAAACUCGAACAAAUGGCAUUUGCACAAGAACGUAUUUUCAUAUCUGACGAGAAAAACAGAACUUGUGUCACACCUUUACACUUUCUAAAUGUCUCAAGGUUUGUCUUUAGAAAAUGGUAUGAAAACUUCAAAAACAAAAAAGAAAUACACCACAGGUGUCCAAAGUGGGGCCCGGACGCCAGGAGGUCUUUUUUAAAUUGUCCCUCAGCAUAUUGUAAACGAAUCAAAUGAAUGAUUGAGCUCUUCAACUGGUAUUUAACGUGAAUGCUUGAAACAGUGCAAGUAAAUCAUCUCUCAAUUUCAUGGUUUCACAACAAAAAUUUCAAUAAAUAAGAAGACACAUGAUUAUUAUUUAGUGUUUUUAAGGUGUAUUCCUAAACAUAAAAAUGUUUUAUGAAGGC